AUGGCCUCUUGGCUUCAGUUGUCAGAUGAAGAAAUUAAACAACGUAAUGACCAUCUCAUACGGACUUCUCUGCGGGCGUAUCUCCAACACGACACGAUUCUAUCGCUUUCAACUUCCUUAAAUGAUAUAUUUACUUCGCCUUUAGCUAUGGUGUCCUCAGGUCUUUCAUGCUGUGAUUGUAUGCUCCACGAAGCUAAUAUUGGAAUCACCCACAAUGGUGGCUUUCCCACAGGGACUCUCACGGAGUUCUAUGGUCCUCCAUUGAGCGGGAAAAGUUAUAUGCUUAAAUGUGCUGCUCGAUCCUUUGUCCAUAAGAUGUUAUCCAUACAACGGCAUUAUGAAACACAAAACUUCUUAAAUAAGAAACAGCUAAAAAUGUCAAGGGAGGAAAAACAACAGAAGUAUGUUCGUACGAACAGUUCUAAAUCACGACUAACAACAACACAUUCUCAAAUCACUGAUGAAAUUAUUGCUGAGUCCCUCGAGUGGGAUGUAUAUAUAUGUUUAUGUACAAGUCAACUUCCAGGACCUAGCAUACGCGAAAAACAAGAAGGUGGACAAAACUGGUGGAGCCUACUGGCAGAAAAAAAUUCAUGGAACACUGAAAAAUCUUCUUAUGCUAAUAAACAUAUCCAUGUGGUCACCAUCUAUCAUCCAAACGAUUUAUUAGACUUCUUGUCCUUUCUUGAUAAGAAGCUCCAGGUGAAUUCUGAUAAAACCGAUGAUGCAAAUAAAAAUCGAAAGGAACACCAUCACAUCCCAGCAGAGAAAAAAAGCCCACGAGGUGUGCCUGUGAGUGAGGCCUCCACAGCGGAAAAUUUAACAGUUCACACUUCAGUUCCUCCGUUGGAUGUCGAUGAAAAAAAAUCUAGGAAUACAGGUAUGAGGUGCGAUAGCGUUUCAUACAAAAACGAAUCCUUGCCAAAUAGGGUUAUGAAUUUUGAUUCUACAUUAUUGUCUGUACCAUUCCAGCCUCAGAAGCCAAAGGAGUCUAAUGCCAGCGAAUAUUUCUCACAAGAUGAAUUUAGUGAAAGAAUGGUUAGCGGUCAGUCAACUGCUAAUAUAGAAUGUACCAUGGCAAAGAAUGUUGAAAUGUCUCCCAGUGGUCUCGAUGCCGAAAAAGGGACAAAUGUCUACCCGCGUACCUUGCCUGGCGGCUAUUCACCUUUUCAGAGACAACGAAGACGACGGAAAAAGAGUGUCCUACUUCUUAUUGAUUCUUUAUCCUGGAUCUGGCAGCAUCCGGCACUUCAAAGUAGUUCGGACCUAGGCAACACGCAUCCUGUGAACUGGUACGCAGCGGAGCUCCACAGGCUGCUGCGUAUUUGUCUUCAGCCUCGGUUUGCACCACUUGAGCCCGAAUUCGGAAAAAUAGAAAACGAACUCUUUUGUACUUUGCAUAAUCCAAUACAGGAAAUUAUGACAACAGCUAUUGUGGCUAAUGGAUGUGCUUUUCAGGACCUCUUCACCCAUUCCUUUCCUAACCCUGAAAGCAGAAGCGCAUCUCUGAAAAAUCAACCGGUGAGAAAUAUGAAAAGCAGCGGUAUUGCCUACCAAAAUAAGGUACACUUGAUACCUCAGACAAAGCCACUCGGAAAAGAAGCGUGGUUGGAAGCUCCAGAUUACCAGAUUUUCUUAGAGGUGGUCGAUCCACGCGCGCUUGGGGACUCAUCGGCAAGUGUUGUCACUGUUGGAGGAUCAGACUUGGACAAGAAUAUUGGUCGAGAAACACUCAAGUAUGGUCUCUCAAAAUUAAGUUUCAAUGAUGAUAUUAGAGGCAAUAAUUAUGAUGAUGGCGACAAGAACCUUGAGGGGUGCACCUCUUUAAACUACGAAAGGGGAAAGCCUCGUUUUAGAACUCGUUUAUAUCUGAUGAAAGGUGGAAAUAUCCAUAACACAUGCAUGGUACCAUAUAUAUAUAAAUAUCACUAAAAAAGGGGGUUAAAAUUGAUGCAGACGAGCAAACAAUUCAGCGUAAGGGUAACAGGUGAUUUUUAUUUUACUGCUAACUCUGAGAUAAAAUUUAAACUAUUUUUAUCCUUAA